GUUUGCCAAGUAAUAAAAAACAUUUACGUCAUUGUAAUUGUUGAAGCAGCGUGCUCUGUGUCGCGGUGAAUCGACGGUUGUAAACUUUGUGGCCUAAAUAGCUUUAUUUUUACACGUUUUAACGAAAAUGGACGCUCUUCGACAACAAGCUAUGAUAAACCAGUUCGUUAAUGUCGCUGGCUGUGCUGUCGAUCAAGCAAAGAAGCUUUUACAGGCUGGAAAUUGGCAAUUUGAAGCUGCCUUGAGUAUAUUCUUUCAAGAAGUAUCGAUUCCUUGUCAUUCACAGCAUUCGCUUGUAACUCCUGCGAAUACUCCGGCUACACCACCAAACUUUCCCGAAGCGCUUUUGUCUUUUCAAAGAUUGUCGGCCUCCGAAAACAAUUCCAAGAACAGCGAACAAGUCGUGAGAUGAUAAUUCGAUGACCACGCUUUCUUUUGUAAAAUAGCUUCUACUCAAGGAUUGUCGCAGGCCGGUAAAUCUUGGCGGAAUAUCAUCGUUGAUGUAUUAAAACGUUACCAGCGUUUUUAAGUAAUUUCUAAUAUAGAUGAUCGAUCGACUACUGUCUUUGAACAUGAAACUUAUGUAAAGAUAAGAAUUGUUAUGAAAAUUGAAAUCGACGCAGUAUGUAAACAGUGCUCUUGUAGGCAACAUAUAGAACCAUUGUAUCGCGACGUUUGCACGUGCUUAUAAAAUUUGAUAUCGCUUUGAAGAACUGCAUUUCAAGAUCGGGAUGGUGGUCGACCGGAGCGAAAGUAAAAGGUUUUGAAAAUAUCAACAACAGUGUUAGGCUAUAUACAGCGUGUUAAACUCUGAGAUAGUUUCAGCUGAUUAAAACUGUAAUGUUUCUUAGUCUUUUAAUGAUAAACAUUGUAGCCAUGUUAUUCUGAAACAUUGUGUAAACUUGUAACUAAAGCUAUGCGAGGGAUAUAGAAUGGACCGCCUCGAAAUUUGAAUCAUCUGUUCGCAAUUUGAA